CUAGCUGCUUCUUCUGCAGAAAAAAUGGCGUUAACUUCUAGAAAAUCAAGAGCACCAGUGUUCCGAUCUCUCUCACCAUCUCCUAUAUUCUGCAACAAUUCCCACUCUCCAUCACCUUCUUAUUCUUCCUCUGGAUUGCUUCCUCCAGUUCCAGUUUCACCUCUCGCUCCACCACCUUCUUUCACACAUGCCAACUUAUGCAGUCCCUCCUCCGCGCCGGCCUCGUCCGUUCGGUUCUCCCUUGACCAGUCGAUUUCAACAAACCGUUCUAUUUCAGUGGCGCCUCGAACCGGUGCUCUGACGACCGUAAAGAGGCAGGGCCAGCAGAAGCGGACCUGCAUGUGUUCUCCCACUACGCACCCUGGCUCCUUCCGGUGCAGCCUCCACAAAGGAUUCUCCGCCUCAUCGCAUGCCGCGGCGGCACCGUACUCGCCGAACUGUCUCAACGUGCGUAGAUUUGCCAUGACGAACUCGCUCGUUAGGAUUCGAGGCGUGGAAGGAGAUCUCGUCCGGUCGCUGGAUUUCGCUGCUGCUCCUCUGAGCUCGGCGGAGGUGCUCGAUGACAGUGGAUUUUGGUUCAAGGCAAGAACAGGGGAUGGCUGUGAUGGCGGUUUUGGGUGGUUCGCCGGCUUCUGCUUCUGCUUCCAUUCUGUUGUUGAUUUCUGAUUAUUGUUGCUUUUG